UAUAUAAGUUCCAAACUAGGGUUUUUAUUGUCGAGCUUCUUGUCUUCAGUUCACUGCGCCGUUCUCUCGUCCCCCGAGCUCCAAAAACCCUAAGCAUGGCGGAACAGACCGAGAAGGCGUUCUUGAAGCAGCCAAAGGUGUUCCUUUGUUCGAAGAAAUCUGGGAAGGGGAAGAGGCCUGGAAAGUGUGGGAACCAAUUUUGGAAGAGCAUUGGGCUUGGAUUUAAGGUCCCGAGAGAAGCAAUCGAAGGGACAUACAUUGAUAAGAAGUGCCCAUUUACUGGUGAUGUUUCUAUUAGGGGUCGUAUCCUGGCAGGAACAUGUCACAGUGCAAAGAUGAACAGGACUAUCAUUGUCCGUAGAAACUAUCUUCACUUUGUGAAGAAGUAUCAGAGGUAUGAAAAGAGGCAUUCAAAUAUUCCUGCCCAUAUUUCGCCUUGCUUCCGUGCCAAGGAAGGAGAUCAUGUGAUCAUUGGACAGUGCAGGCCUCUGUCCAAGACUGUGAGGUUCAAUGUCUUGAGGGUCAUUCCGGCUGGAUCAACAGGUGGAGGAAAGAAGGCUUUCACUGCGAUCUGAGGCAUCCAUCUUAGGACAGGGGUCUAUUUUGAGCAUUUUAUUCUUGAAUUCUGUAGUUUGUGCUGCCAGUGGUUUUUAUUAUGAGACCAUACCUUAUAAUCUUAUUUUAGUUUGGCUUUGGUAUCUGGUAUUGGACGGUUUUCUGUUAACAUCAUCUCUCAGUCUGAGCACUAUUUUUUUUAACUACAUCGUGGUACCAUCUACAAGGAAUUACACUGCUUUUAUGGUUA